AUGGCGACCCCUCCACGGUUUAUACUAGUCCAUAAUUCUGAGAACUCCGGAGUCGUCGACUCUGACGAAACCCCCAUUGUUUGUGCAGAGAGGAAGAGAGAUCAUCGCGUAGGGUCGUCCCGAACAAGAAUGAGAGACCUGUUCCGAAACGAACGCGAGGGAGAAGAGAUGUACCGUGCUGGCGUCUCCACGGAGUUGGAGCUCUACCCGGACCCGUGGAAGAUCAAGAAGAAGCUGACGGAAAGCGACCUCGGGCACUCGUCGCGGCUCCUGAUCCCGCAGGGCUGUGUGAGGACCCACGUGCUCCCGCAGAUGGGCGAGGAGAUGGUGAGGCGGGUCAAGGGCAAGGACGGGAUGCAGGUCGCCGUGAGGGACGCGGACACGGGCGACGAGUACCGGCUCGUGUUCCGCUACUGGGCGUCGUCGAGGAGCUACGUGCUGAACAAGGGCUGGAACAAGCUGUUCGUCAGGGGGCGAGGGUUGAAGGUCGGGGACGAGAUCGGGAUGCUCUGGGACCCGGUCUCUCUCAAGUUCCACUUUAAGGUCCUUCGCAGGGUUGCUCGCCACGACCGGUGA